AUUCUACACUUAUAUACGUAAAGUUAAGCAUGUAAUGUUGCUUGACUUGCAACCCAUCCAAAAAAAUGGAUUAGGUACAAAAUAUUCAACAUUUUGACCUAUUUAAUUUAAUUUGAAAAUUAAUCCAAAGACUUUUCAAAAAAUAAAAAAAUAAAAGAAAAGAAAAAAAGAAAAAAAGAAAAUUCUCUUUUAGACGGUUGUUUCUUCAUGUUGGUAAUGGAUGAUUAAAUACAAAUUCCCUCUCCUUCUCUCUCUCGUGAAUCCUCUUUCUCUCUCUACUUUCUCUCUCAUAGUUUCUGCGCUUAUCAUUCCAAUCUCACAUUUCCACUUCCUCGAUCUUCAUCACCAUUUUCUAGGGUUUCAAUUUCCGACGCCAUUGAAGACCUCAACCUAAAGCUUCGCUUCAAUUCAAUUUCAAUUUCAAAUUCAAAUUCAAAAUUAUCCGCAAUUCAUCGAUUCUGAAGCUGUAAUUUGCCGACAUUGUGCUCGUUUUCCGUCGAAAAUUGACGUCCGAUGAAUCGGCGGCGAUGAGGUGGAAGAGGAGAGAGAAAUGGAGGUUAGAUCGGACGGUUUACAGGCGCUGAGGUAUGAUAAGGUUCCGGUGGGUCCAAUGUUUGAGAGAACUAGGUUAAAAGUUUGGUUUAUUAGGGUUUGUUCCAGCAUUUUGUUGUGGACUAUUUUGGUGCAGCUUGUUGCAUUUGGUGAACUAUGGAAUCCUCAUUUCUUCGCUGGUUUCUCCCAUAGAUUAUCGCAUGUUUCCACAUUUUCUCCUAAUGCUCCUCCUCCACCUCCUCUCUUACCUCUAAGAAACUACACAAGUAAUGGUUAUCUAAGAGUAACAUGUAAUGGAGGUUUGAAUCAAAUGCGUGCUGCGAUAUGUGACAUGGUGACAGUUGCUCGUUUCUUAAAUCUCACUUUUGUUGUCCCAGAGCUUGAUAAGACAUCCUUCUGGGCAGAUACAAGGUAUAACUUGUUCGGUUGGGGUAAAGUAUUUCUCUUUGACGCAAUUUUGGAUACUCCUAAUCCCUUUAAAUCUUAUUGCAGUGAUUUUGAGGACAUCUUUGAUGUGAAACAUUUCAUUGAUUCCCUAAGGGAUGAGGUUCGGAUAAUUAGGAGGUUACCAAAGAGAUAUAAUAGGAAGCAUGGUUUUCGGCCGCUGGUUAUGCAACCAAUUAGCUGGUCCAGUGAUAAAUAUUAUUUCCAACAGGUUCUGCCUCUUUUUGAGAAGUAUAAAGUGAUACAUUUUAACAAAACGGAUGCACGUUUAGCGAACAAUGGACUUCCCCUUGAAUUUCAGAGACUCAGGUGCCGUGUUAAUUUUAAGGCUCUAAAAUUCACUCCUGAGAUAGAGGCGCUGGGAUACAAGUUGAUCCAUCUACUUCAAGCAAAGGGGCCUUUUGUUGCUUUGCAUCUGAGAUAUGAGAUGGACAUGCUGGCUUUCUCUGGUUGUAACCAUGGCUGCACUGAGGAGGAAGCUGAGGAACUUAAGCAGAUGAGGUAUGCAUACCCGUGGUGGAGGGACAAGGAGAUCAAUUCUGAAGAGAAGAGGGCUCAAGGUUUAUGUCCUCUUACGCCAGAGGAGACUGCUUUAAUUCUUCAGUCGCUGGGUUUUGAUAAGACUACCCAGAUCUAUAUUGCUUCCGGAGAAAUUUAUGGAAGUGAAAGAAGACUUGCAGCUUUACGGGCUGCAUUUCCUAAUACGAUUAAGAAGGGUAUGCUGCUUGAUCCAGAUGAUUUAAGGCAAUUCCGGAAUCAUUCUUCUCAAAUGGCAGCCUUAGAUUUUAUGGUUUCAGUUGCUAGUAAUACAUUUGUUCCAACGUAUGAUGGAAACAUGGCAAGGCUAGUUGAAGGUCAUCGCAGGUAUCUUGGUUUCAAGAAAACCAUAUUAUUGUAUCGGAAGAGGCUUGUUGGAUUAAUCGAUUUACAUCAGAAUGGAACUUUAUCAUGGGACAGUUUUGUUGUUGCUGUUAACGAGGCACAUGUAAACAGAUCAGGACAACCUGUAUUGAGGAAUGUUAUCCCUGAUAGACCAAAAGAGGAGGAUUAUUUUUAUGCUAAUCCGCAGGAGUGCCUGUGCAAAGAUUUACAUUGCAAUGACGUGAUAGCAGCCAAUAACACAAGUGCUUUACAUCGAGGUUUCAAUUGACAAGUUUGAUACUUAGAGCUAAUUUGUCUAUAAUCAGGUGAUCACGGGUGAGUCCUUGAAAGCCUUUGGUCUGCUUAUCCUGAGAGGUUUGCGCGGCCAUGAAUUCGGAUGCAAAGAUGUCUUGUGAAUAGUCAAGGGAAGUGGAAGGUGAACAUGAAUUCUCGUUCGUACUUGCAGUCUGCUUAAAGCUGAUUUAGUCUUACCAAAACCAGAGUAUAACGAUGCUUUGCACUCAAGGUUGAGUAUAGUCUCUUAGCAAAUUUUAAAAUUAGGAGGUUGCCUCGAUAGGUUACUAUAGUUUAAUCGUGAUCGACUUGGUACAUUUCUGCCAUGAGUUUAGGAGAGAUUGUUUAUGAUGAAGAGUGAUAAGUAGGAGGUAUAAACUGAUAUCAUUCUGCAAAAGCAGCAGUUUGGUUCUCAUUUCUGCCUCUUUUUUUUUUUACCAUAGCUCUCAGCAGAGCAUUAGAAUUUUCGACUUCUAUUUUCUUUUCUCCCUAACUUGUAAAGUGUAAUUCAUUUUUCACCUGAAUCAAACUCCAUAAAAGUUAAUAUAAGUUAUGAAAUGUAAGUUUCUUCUUGACUCGGUAGUAUAAUACGAAGUGUUUUGUCUGUGUGAA